UAAGAGCUCCCGGGGCGCGCCCGCCCCGCCUCCCGCUGCCGCGCUCCCACCGGCGCCGCUGCUCCGCUCCCCGGCCGGCUGCUGCAGCGGCCCCGCGCCCGGCAGCACCAUGGCAGAUCAGGCCUUUGUGACAUUAACCACAAACGAUGCCUAUGCCAAAGGGGCUCUGGUCCUGGGCUCAUCUCUGAAGCAGCACAGGACCACUAGGAGGCUGGUGGUGCUGACCACCCCACAGGUCUCAGAGCCCAUGAGGAAAGCUUUAGAGAUGGUCUUUGAUGAAGUCAUCACGGUGGACGUCUUGGACAGUGGAGAUUCUGCCCAUCUGACCUUAAUGAAGAGACCUGAGCUGGGUGUGACAUUAACUAAGCUCCACUGCUGGUCCCUUACCCAGUACACCAAGUGUGUGUUCAUGGAUGCAGAUACUCUGGUCCUAGAAAACAUUGAUGAUCUUUUCGAAAGAGAAGAACUAUCGGCAGCACCAGACCCAGGGUGGCCUGACUGCUUCAACUCUGGCGUCUUUGUUUAUCAGCCUUCUGUUGACACCUACACCCAGCUGCUGCACCAUGCUUCUGAGCAAGGUAGCUUUGAUGGUGGGGACCAGGGUUUACUGAACACGUUCUUUAGCAGCUGGGCAACCACAGAUAUCAGAAAACACCUGCCAUUUAUUUAUAACCUAAGCAGCAUUUGUAUAUACUCCUACCUCCCAGCCUUCAAAGCGUUUGGUGCAAAUGCCAAAGUCGUGCAUUUCCUGGGACGAAUCAAACCGUGGAAUUAUACUUACGAUCCUAAAACAAAAAACGUGAGAAGUGAGUCCCACGAUCCUACCACGACUCAUCCAGAGUUUCUCAGCCUGUGGUGGGACAUCUUUACCACCAAUAUUGCACCUCUGCUUCAACAGUACGGCCUUGUCAAAGACACCUACUCAUGUGUAAACGUGCUUUCAGACUUGGCCUAUACACUGACUUUCUCUUGUGGCUUCUGUAGAAAGGAAGCUUUCUCAGGAGCCGUGGCACAACUGUCCCUUGGGGAGAGUCCAGCUACGAUACAGCCAUUUGUGUCCUCAGAAGAACGGAAAGAGCGGUGGGAACAGGGACAGGCUGACUACAUGGGAGCAGACUCCUUUGACAACAUCAAGAGGAAACUUGACACUUACCUUCAGUAAAAAACACUGCCACUUCCCUGUGGGCACAUCCACUUUACAGGCACUUGGUUCCUGAUACUUAACAUCUCCAGCCAGGUUGGGAAAGGUCUGUUACAGUUGCUAGAGGCAUUCACUGAGUUUUUCAGAGGAGAGAGGGUUUUGUAGGA